UUGGCUCUUGCUCUUGCACUCACACUGUUUUAAUGUUUGAUAUUUUUCAAUCCAAAUCUAAAAAUUACCAGGAGAUAAAUAUAAAUGUGGGUUUUUUAUUAUGGGAAUUAGAGCAAUAUGUUUUCAUAACAUAGAUUAAUCACGUACUGCCUUUGUCUACAGAUUUUGUGCAUGGGGAAUGUGUAAUAUUUUAUAUCUUAUAUAAUUAAAUCGAAAUAAGUCAUGAAUGGCCCUAAUGAAAUCGGAGACUGGAAGAAAAUUUUAGAAUUAGGAUCUGGAGCAUUUGGAAUUGUAAGUCUCUGGAAAAAUGGUAGUAAUGAUGAUUGCAUUGCUAUAAAAAAAUGCAAGUUUAAAACAAAUACUAACCUAUCCGACAAACAGAAACAUCGAUGGAAUAAUGAGGUCCAAAUAAUGCAAAUUAUAAACCAUCCAAAUAUAAUUAAAUACAAACCUAUUCCUCCUGAAUUAGAAAAAGGAUUGCUUAAAAAUAAUCCUACUAAAUUGCCCUUGCUCCCAAUGGAGUAUUGUCGCAAAGGAAAUCUAAGACACCUUUUAUGCAAACCGAAAAAUACUUCGGGAUUACAAGAAGAGGACGUCAGGUGCAUUUUAGAAGACAUAAGCAGUGGUCUGCAUCACUUACACGACUUGAAUAUUACUCACAGAGAUAUAAAACCAGAUAACAUUGUUCUGCAACACUGUGAUAAUCGAAAAGGUAAUACCAUUUACAAGAUAAUUGAUUUAGGUUAUGCCAAAGAAUUAAAUGACACGGUAGUGAGCUUCGUGGGUACCCUGCAUUAUCUGGCUCCUGAAAUUUUUCAGACGGAGCACUAUAAUAGUAGCGUGGAUUUCUGGUCCAUGGGGGUUCUGACUUUUGAGAUAAUUUGUGGCGUUCUUCCAUUCUUACCGCAUCUUCCGCCGAUUCAAAGAUUUGAAGAUAUCAGAAAAAAGGGACCGGAAGAUAUCUGUAUUUAUCUUUCGUAUUCCGGAAGAGUAGCAUAUUCCUCCGAAAUAAAAAAGGAGAAUUACAUAUCGAAUUCGUUAAAACAAAGUAUAGAAGUCUGGCUCAGACAUGUUUUGCAAUUCGAUCCAAGAGUACGAUCGCUAGAUUUUCCAAAUGAUGUCAAAGUUUUUGAUUAUUUAAAAAAUAUUUUAAAGAAACGAAUCAUCACAGUUUUUUCUGUUCCGAAACUCGAAUUUUAUUCUUAUGAAAUAAACGAAAGUACGCUGUUUAGCACACUAGAAGAAUGGAUAUCGAGAGAUAUUAAAGUGCCGAAAAGCGACAUGAUAGUCCUUUUUAAUAAAUACAUGACUAGCAUCGAUCCUUCCAGUCUCGUCGUGGAAAUUUUAAAGAAUAGUAAUAACGUAUUCGUUUUUAAAAGGGGUAUAUUAAUGAACGAUGCUGUGACGUACAACUUUCCGAAACUAAUAAAGGAGUUGAUACAAUCAACGCUGAAGUUCGAUAUGCGGUUUAUUAAACCGUUAUAUGCUCAAACAGUUUACUAUGUAACAACCGAAAAGGCCAUCGUGGAAACGUUUAAAGAGAGCUUUAAUCUGUUUAUAGCCUAUUUAAAGAAUUUGGUGGAAUAUUUGAAACACAACGCUACUAGUUGCACCAAGAAUAUAGUAAAAAUUAUCACUCAAAUUGAGUGUUACAAUAAUAUUCGAAAGAACAACGCUUGUAUUGUCGAUUUGAAUACAAACAAGGAGUAUAAAGAUUGUUUGACGCAUUGCCAGAAGUUAUUGACAAGCUUAGAUAAAAGCAUAGCAAAUUUCGAUGAACUGAAGAAGAAAAUUACUGUGAUUAUAAAACGGCAUCAGGUUUUAAACGGACUUCUACCAGAAAUGGAGGAAAUUAUUAAUAAUUGUAACAUAGAAGAACAGUAUCAAAAGGUUAUUACCCUAAUAGAGAGGAGUGCCAGUAAUAAGGAGAUUAACCCUAAAACGUUUACUUCCAGUAUUAAAGAUAUUGUUUUAGACACGGUUAAAACUAAAGAUACGAUGAUACGUAGCAAGCGAUUUAAAAGUUACAUUAGUGCAAUGGUUAAUGUACAGAAUUCAGUAGAGGCUUUAAUGUCGUGGAUUUCACAGUACAAUAAUCACAUUGCCGAAUUGUCGAAAUCUUUCGAACAAAGUGAAAUUGCAUAUAAGAAUAUUAUUGUAAAAGCUACGGAAAAUAAAAAUAAACGUGUGCCUGAAGUAGAUUUAAGUCGUGAAUUGCUCAACCUGCCUACUACUUAUUUGAUUCAAGAGAACAAACAUUUGAGAUUUCAGUUUGAGGAAAUACUCUCUAAAAGUAUUUUGUCCCACAAAAACUAUUCAGAUUCCAUCAAGUCCUGUAGUUUUUCUUAAAUAUAUAUUUUUUAUUUGUUGUUAUUAUAUGAAGUUUUAUUGCG